GAAACGCGACGCUCUCCUCAAGUGACAAUGAAAGAGCUGGAUGGAAAAUAACACUUUAUGCGCGGUAAAAACAAUGGGAAAUAUGUCCCACAAAGCCAUUAAAGUGGUCGUUGAGCUUCACCUGAGGGCGGUUACUUGUCCAGGGGUGCAUUUACCAGACAAAGAUGAUAUGUACAUCAGUGUGUGUCUCAUGAACCAAUAUAGAAAAUCUGAAUGUCUUCCUGCAGUCUUUCCAUUAUUAAUUCGGGAGAAAAUGAAGUUUGAAAAGGUACUAAAGUAUGUCACAGAUCCUGCAGAGAUAGCUGAAUUCUUACAAUGUGAAACUGUGAAAGUUGAACUCAUUCAGAUGAUCCCCCCAUCUGGAAGAAUACUGGCCAGUUUUGAAGAAGAUGCUCGCAGUUUUCUUUUCCCGGAGCCGAAGCUUGUGCCAUCCUUUUCCGGAGUAGAGAGAGAGUUAUUAAUGACACGAGAUCCCGCUUUUCCUGGUAUCUCUCCAAGGUUAGAAUUCUCUACCAAGACCACAAUCAGUCAAAUCUCUAAUAGAGAUGGAUUACAGAGUUGUCCUGCGAGGGCAAUUACAAAAAAGAGGAAGAAGAAGGUUCGGCAGCAGGGUAGCGCUGUAUCCCAAAGGCAUCUUACUUCUCCACCGAGGCAAAGAGGACUCUGGGAUAGACACCAGGUUCAAAUAAAUGAUGAUUUCUGUGAUAGAAGCUCCAGAUCAGGAAGUCCGUCACCACAUCGUACACAACCAUCAAGAGCUGAAGGAAUCCAAAUGAGAAAUGUCUCCAGUUCAUGGGUCCCAGAUGGGGACUCCUCAGACACGGAUAAUCUCCUUGACUAUGCCACGGAAGUGGGCAAACGCCAUUCCCGUAUGGAAUAUAAUGGCUCUUCCAGCCCAAGUCACUCCAGCAUGGAAAGCCAGAAACACAAUGGAUCUCUCCUGGGAUCUCCUAAUAGGUGGGAGGAGGUUCAAGAACGGGUUCAGAGCCUUUUAAUAUCUCCUAAAGCAGUCCACAGACUAGCCUGUGGUGCCACGGACUCUGAGAUUGAUGAAGUAUUAAUACGAAGAGCUAUUGUGGCCCACUCAUGCCCAUUCUAAGCUCCAGGGUGAAGGAUAAAGAAGUGGUUUUGUAGAGCAUCAUUGCAUCAUAUCCCAUUGAGUUGUGAGUGUGCUCUUAGUUUGUGGUUGUGUUUGCAUUGUAGUUGCAUUGAAAGUCACAUAUUCCUUGUAUAGCUUGGUUAUAUCCUGAGUGACUUAAACAGACCAUAAUAGUCUAAUUUUAAAUGGUCUAAUUUUACACUUUUACUUUGAGAUGAUAAAAGUUGCCUUGUUGUCAUGACACAGCAUUAGUGCACAUGCUCAUAACAGAUAAAGGCUUAAUGUUGCAAUGGUAUACAAUCCCCAAGGGCUAUCUUUCCAUCUGUGUAAUAUCUUGUAUAUUAAAGC